CACACAUAUUUAUUGUAAUUUAUUAAAAUUAUUGUAUUAGAAAUAUGAACUGUCCUCUCACAAAGUUUGUAGAAAAUAAAUUAAAAAAUUUAUCCAUUUUCUUCAGCAGCAACAAUUUUCUAAAUUCUUUUAAAAUACAAAAUUAAAAUUAAGUAUGGAAAUCUCAAUAAUACAAAUAUGUAAAAACACAAAAGAGGCAAGAGAAAUGGCCUUGACUGGAAAAUACGAUUCAUCGGAAAUUUAUUAUCAUGCUGUAAUCGAGCAAAUAGAGACAUUAAUGGAAAGUAUCAUAAGCGAAACACGAAGAGCAAAAUGGUUUCAAAUUCAAAAUCAAAUCACUGAUGAAUUUGAACAAGUUAAAGCUGCUUCGUAUGCUUUAAAGCUUUUUCAAAUGGAUUUACAGAGAGAUUCAUUUCUUGCCGGACAUUCAUCUUUAUCACACGAAGAACCAACAAGAGACACUGCUUGUGGAAAUGAUUCUUCUGAACAUUGUUAUAAUUUAUUUCGUUCCGUACCUUCGACUCCUUCAAAAUCAUUUGCUCAGGAUUCUAAUGUUUGGCGCACAACUUCGCAACCAGAACAAAAAAAUCAAAGACCAUGCAGAAUUCAACAGAGGAUACAACAAACCAGUGCAACAUUACGAAAGCCAUUAGAAGUUACUUUUAAGAAAGAUUUAAGACAUGAUACGAAAAAAGAUAAAAAGAAAAUCCCUGGAAAAGAAGAAUCAAAUAAAUUUCUUUUUAAUCCAAACAAUCGAUUAAGUCCAAAAAAAGAAACAAAAACUGCUACUAAAUCUAAUUCAGGAAAAUUUAAUUCAUCGGGAAAUUUAAAUAAACUUAUCGAAUUGUUGGAGAAAGAUAUACUACAGAGUAAUCCAAAUAUUCAUUGGGACGAUAUUGCUGAACUUCAUGAAGUUAAACGACUUCUCGAGGAAGCAGUGAUUCUUCCAAUUUUGAUGCCAGACUUUUUUAAAGGAAUUCGAAGACCUUGGAAAGGAGUUCUAAUGGUUGGUCCUCCUGGAACGGGAAAGACAAUGUUAGCCAAGGCAGUUGCCACAGAAUAUGAAACUACAUUCUUUAAUGUUUCUCCAUCGACUGUUACUUCAAAAUAUAGAGGAGAAUCUGAAAGACUUGUACGACUUUUAUUUGAAAUGGCAAGAUUCCAUGCACCGAGUACAAUUUUUAUCGACGAAAUCGAUUCGCUGUGCUCCAAACGUGGUUCCAACUCAGAACACGAGGCUUCAAGAAGAUUUAAAUCUGAAUUCCUUGUCCAAAUGGACGGGAUUUGUUCAAAUAGUGAAGAUGUACCAAAAGUUGUAAUGGUUCUUGCUGCAACAAACUAUCCAUGGGAUAUUGAUGAUGCACUGAUUAGACGUUUAGAGAAACGAAUAUACAUUCCUUUACCAAAUGAUGAGGGAAGAUUAGAAUUAUUGAAAAUAAGUCUUCGAGACGUUAAAAUAGAUCCAUUGGUUAAUCUCAGUGAAAUGGCAAGAAAACUUGAUGGAUAUUCAUGUGCAGAUAUUGCAAAUGUUUGCAGAGACGCAUCUAUGAUGUCAAUGCGUAAAAAAAUCGCUGGCUUGAAACCUGACGAAAUAAAGCAGAUUAAAAAAGAUGAACUAGAUUUACCCGUAACAUCGGCAGAUUUUUACGAGGCAAUUGAGAGAUGUAAUAAAAGCGUUUCUGCUGAAGAUUUGAAAAAAUACGAAAAAUGGAUGCGAGAAUUUGGUUCAUGCUAAAAUUUUUAGUUCUUUUAUUUUAAAAUGUCAAAAAUAUUUAUAAAAUUAAUUUCAAUAAUUAAAUUUUUAUCAAGUUUUUCUA